AUGUUGCCGCACAUCGCAAGAUAUCUCUUCUUUGGAAUCGCGUCCCACGAAUCCCUCAUCCUAGCCCAAGACUCUUCCUACACACCAACGUGCAAAUCCUACCCGGGCACCGCUGACUGGCCUUCCACAGCAGAAUGGGCCCGGCUCGGCGAGUCCCUCGGAGGCGGGCGACUUCUCCGCCCGUCUCCUCCGGGAGCUGUCUGCCAUCCCGGACAGGACGCCUACAACGAGACCGCCUGCGCCGACGUCGAGGCCCGGUGGAAUUCGUACGAGCUCCACGUUGGCGACCCCGUCUCCGUCGUCUGGAGCAACUUCGCUAAUGACUCCUGCCUUCCUGACCCGGCUUAUCUGUGCAGCGGUGACGGAUACCCUGCGUACGUCGUGAAUGCUACCACGCCGGAGCAUGUCAAGAUUGGUAUCGAUUUUGCGAGGAAGAACAAUGUGAGGCUCAUUGUGAAAAGCACUGGGCAUGAUUACCUAGGUAGAUCGAUUGCCCCUGGCUCGCUCUCUAUCUGGGUGCACCAAUUGACGGGCAUCGAGUAUCAUGCGGAUGAGUUCAAGCUCGCAGGGAGCGAUAUCACUAUACCAGGAAGUGCAGUAACUGCCGGAGGCGGCACCGAGAUGUAUGACCUCUACAAAGCCACUGCCGAACACGGUCAAGCCAUUGUCGGCGGUACCGCUAAGACGGUGAGCGUCGGGGGGUAUGCUACCGGAGGCGGCCACUCGCUGCUCGCGCCGCGUUUCGGUCUGGCGGCGGAUAAUGUCUUGCAGGUGGAAGUCGUCACGCCCCUCGGCGAGAUCUUGACUCUCAACGAGGCUCAGAACGCUGACCUGUUUUGGGCUAUGCGCGGUGGAGGAGGAUCAACGUUUGGGGUUCUCACCUCAAUCACCUUCGCAACACACCCGUCCCCCCCGAUCACCCACACGGCAUGGGCGAUGCUCACCGAGCUCAGGUCACCCAUCAUUCCAGACCUGGCCGCCUACUUCCUCUCAAACGUCCCUUCCCUCGAGAAGGCGGGCCUCGCAGGCUACGCCCUGAUCAAUUCGCACAUGCCGAACCCUGUCAGCUCCCCGGGCCUCCCGCCGAACGCGGCGGGCGUCAUUGGCAUAUCCCUGAUGCAGGAUGACACGGACCGGGAAGAAGUUGACAGGAUCUGGACGUCAAUCAACCAGACCGUCAUGGAGCGCUGGCCCAAUGUCACCUUUGCCAAGAUUACCACCGAGUAUCCGUCCUGGCUUGACUUUUAUGAUAAGAAUUAUGACAUGAACAAGGGCGGUAUCAACAAACUACUGGCUUCCCGUUUGCUGGAUGAGGAGGCUUUGGCGGAGGAUUUGGAGGUUUUGGCUGGUGCAGUGAAGACGGCGACUGAUAAUGUGGGCGGCAUGUAUGCGUUUUUGGUAUCCGGGAAGGGUGUGCACAACGCGAAGCCUAGGGGCGGAGGUGAUGCGGUUCACCCGGCAUGGAGGACUGCCUACAUCCACGCGAUCACUGCCGUUGGAUGGACUUCGUUCAAUGAGACGUCCAAGAGUGAAGCCGAGAAGAGCAUUUACGAUUCGGUUGAAGGCUUCCGACAGUUAACGCCUGGUGGAGGAUCCUACUUGAAUGAGGGUCUGUCAUAUGAGGAAGACUGGCAACAUACGUUUUGGGGCACCAACUAUGAGCGCCUUCUCAAGAUCAAGAAGACCGUCGAUCCAGACGACGUUUUCUGGUGCCAGCCCUGUGUCGGGAACGAGGGAUGGAAGCAGAGGAGUGACGGGCAGCUUUGCAGAGUCUAG